GCCCCUCUGAUUCACUUAGUGUUGAUGCCUACUCCUCUAUUUGCAGGGUUGUCUAAUUGUUGUGACUUAAUUAUAGGUUUAUAUUGACAUGUAACUAAUAGCCAACAAUUAUUAGCUAUUGAUGUAAAGCUUAAAUAUAUUUUCUAAGCUAAAGGGCUCAACUAUUUAUUACAUCCAAGGUAUGCUUGUGUCGGAAAUUCCAUUCAUUUAUCAUACCACUAAUGUAUGCUUCAUAUGUUUUGGCAUAGGCUCUGGAGAAAAAAAAAAAAAAUUGCCCACUAUCCAUAUCAUUCGAACACUAUUCACCGGGGGAGGGGGGAAGAACACUCCAAUUUUUUAAUAAAAUAUUGCGACAACUUUCAUCCAAUGCAACAUGCAACUUCUAUCAGCUUUUUAAAUUUGGUGGUGAAUUACAUAAUUUCUAUUGUCCGUUUCAAUAUAUAUAUUUCUCAACAUUUUCCAAAUCAAUAUUUACAAUUAACUCGAUAUUCAAAAAUUAUUUAUUUCUCUAUUGAACCUAAAAUGCCAUGAUUAUUCUUUGGGGUUAAAUUAACCAUAAUCAAAGUUGGAGGCCGAAAACCAACGUCCACACUUAAAGGGAGGAUUUGGUUGGAAAAUAUGUGAAAUGAGAUAUCGAAAUCAAAUAUAAUUUUGUUGAACAGUGAAGUUAAAAAAAAUUAAUAGAAUUAAAAGCGGCGAAAAGAAUGGAUUUUGUGCAUACAAAAAUAGUGAACAGAGAGAGUGCCAACACUGUAAUUUGCGAACUGUUUUCGCUGGUGUCUGAUUGAGAAUUUCACCAAUCCCUUUCAUAUGUAGCGGGCCUAAAUAACCGGGGCAUUAAAAUGCUCAUGUGAAGGCCUACAUAACCAGGCCAUUAAAAUCCCUUUCAUAUUUUGCAGUAACCGGCCCAUUUAAAUGCUCAUGUGAGGGCCUCUGUCCUAGCCCUGCUGUGGUGUUUGAGCUAGGAUUAUAAUUCAGGUGUAAUUUAUCAGAAAUGCCCCUCCACAAAUUAGGGGUUGCUUUUCAAUAGCUGAGUUGGCAAAAGUCGGAUACACACUGCUGUAUAUAUAUAUCUGUUGAUUUGAAGCUAUACAUUUAACGUUUUGGUACAACUUCAUAUUGUAUCUAUAUUUUUUAUACAAAUUUUUUUAUGGUAUUUCUUAAACUUGUAUCUUUAUGUGAUGAUACAACUUUAAGUUGUACCAUAAAAUAAGAGUACAAAUUUCUUUAUGGUACAACAUGAAAUUGUACGUUUAACGUUAUGGUACAACUUCAAAUUGAACAUUAAAGCAACAAUGAUUUAUAGCAUAGUAGAAGUGCUCUUUAGAAUUAUAGUGGAUACCUCUUCCUCUUCCCAAUCAUAAAGAUUGGGGCUAUGAGGUGGGCUGAUAUAUUACAAUUUGGGUAAAUUGCAAGGUUGGUCACUGAAAGUGCUAAAAUAUUCAUUUUUGGUCACUAAAAGAAUUUUAUUUCAUUCGUGGUCGCUGAAAGUGGUUAAUGUUUCACGAUUGGUCACUAUCAGUCAGUCUCCACUAACACCGUUAGUGUUUUUUUUUCCCGAGUGAUAUCAAGAUAAGACAAGAGUUAUACAAAUAAAACUACCCAGAAAUCCCCUACAAGCGACACCCUAGUGAGCCACCCAAAAAAGUUGAAAGAUUCUACCUCUAUGAGAGACAAGCAGUGCUUUAAGCGCCACUCUAUGGGCAACACUGUUGGCGGCUCUAGGAAUCGCCCUAAACUCUAUACAAACUAACAAAGAGUCUAAGAACUGGCGACACUCCCGGUGCACCGGACCUCAAAUGAAACCUUCGAGAAUAUCAAGCUUUGUUGGCAAAACAAUGUUGGCGUAUUUGGACUGAUCCGGACUCCUUACUUAGUCAAGUCUAUAAAGGGCGAUAUUUAAACUCUCACUCGAUCCUGGAUGCUAAGUUAGGGUCCAAUCCAUCAUGGGGCUGGCGUAGCCUCCUCUAUGGCAGAGACCUUCUCCUACAAGGGUUGCGUUGGCAGGUGGGUGAUGGUCACACCAUUGAUGCAUUUUAUGAUAACUGGAUCUCAGAGAUUAAACCAGAAAGCCUGGUGAUCCGGUUGGGCAAUAUUAACUCUUCCCCGUGUGUCUCUUAUUUUAUUAGAGAGGGUACAGGGGAAUGGUAUUUUCCGCGGCUUCAGUACUGUUUCCACCCACAACCUGUUGAGUCUAUUUGCAAAAUGGCUCUGCUUCAGAAUCCCCAACCAGACACUAGGGUAUGGCACUUUACCAAGAAUGGUAAGUAUUCAGUUAAAACAGGAUAACACUUGGCAUUAGAAGGAAUUCUGGCUCCAAUGAGAAAAUCGCUCGUCCAAAUCAUUGAUCCCCCAAUAUGGAAGAAGACUUGGAUCAUCCAGACUCCUCCCAAACUAAGAUUUUUCAUCUGGCAGUGUCUUAGAGUGGUCCUUCCAACAACAGUGGCACUCAGGUCUCGUGGAGUUAAUUGCCUGAGACGUUGUCCGGUUUGUUGGAGGUUUCGAGAAAAUUUAGAACAUUUGUUCUUUACAUGUGCCAUCCAGCUAUGGUCUUUUGUGGGAUUAGACGAUGUACGACCUUUGGCCCCAAUUAUAAAUUUCAGUAUCUGGUGGCGGCAAUUUUUGCUAGAUCAGCAUUCCCAAACCCAUAUUCUCCAGGUAGUAUGCCUCUUAUGGAGAAUAUGGAAAUAAUUCAGUGGUAUUUGAAAAUACCCAACCUCAUGUUCGUUCGCUUGCCCGCCAAUACUCUUUUCAGUUCCGUGAAGUGCUCUCGUCCUCGUCUCCUGCCCCGUCUCCCCCACCCUGCGUGCCUGCGAUUGCUUCCCUUUGUUGGCUACCCCCCGCCCCUAGACCAUUUGAAGAUCAACUUUGAUGCGGCCGUUCAAGACUCUGGUUGCUCAUCUGGCCUUGUGGUUCGUGGCUCGUACGGGCAUGUGCUCCUCGCCGUCGGUGUUCAGCAUCAGGGUAUUUCUGACCCGUACAUUGCAGAACUCCUUGCAGCUAGGGAGGCAAUCUCGCUUGCAACUUCUAGAAGUUUGGCUCGUGUCAUCUUUGAAGGAGAUGCAGAAGUGGUCAUCCGUGAGCUCAAACUCGGUGUGGUGGAGGAUUCGUCAGGUGGUCCGCUGCUUAGAGAUUGUCGUUUUCUUCUUCAGUCUUUUCCUCAUUGUAUAGACUGUAGAGCUGUUCCGCGGACAGCCAACUGGGCUGCUCAUAGAGUGGCACGCAAAGCCUUGUUGUUGCCCCGGUUAGAAUUAGCUUCUUUUGAUUUUGUUGGGUGGCUAGCUAGUGGGAUAGGAAGGGAUUGUGGGUAGUGUUCUUUCUAACUAUUCUCUUGGCAUUUCUCGAGAAAAAAAAAAGAAUCUGGAUGACGACCACUUUGAAUCACCUUCCACUAUCACGUGAGUCAAGGAACUUGAGGCGACGAUGGUGAUAGCAUCUCUUACUGCUAGGAGCUCUGCCAGGAAGGGCUUGGCUACUCCCUGGUGACGCAAACAGGCUGCCAUCACCACAUGCCCGUCUGACCCACGGAUACUAAGACUAGACACGCACCCUGAGACACGAAUAGCUGCAUCGAAGUUGAUCUUCAAAAAGUAGUCUGGUGGAGUCUGCCAAGAGGGGAGGAUUUGAGAGGAGCGAUCUGGGGAGCGGAGGAUGGGCUGACAAUUGGAAACUUCAAGGACAUGGUAGUAAAAUUUACUGGCGAGGGAACGAACAUGAGGGUGGUAGAAUUCAAAAAUCACUUCAUUUCUAAACUUCCUGACUCUCCAAAGUAUACAUACGUAGUGGAGAAUGUGGAAUGGGGAGAUCUCAGAGAUCAUGACAUGUCGCCACCAUAGACUAAGAUUAACAGUGGGGGGGGGGGGGGGGGGGGGGGAGGGGGGGGGGAAUCAAUGAAGUUGCUCAAUCCCACUAAAGUCCACAAAUUGGUGGUUAGGGGUCAUCUGAAGAAUAAAUGUUCAAUGUUGUUUUUAUUAUUAUUGCGAACGAUUAAAGACCAAAGAGCACCAUAAAGAGGAUGUCGGUUUAGUGACUCAUUAGUCACUUGUAUCAUGACAUAGGUUACAUGGGUAUCAAUAAGUCAAUAAAUGUAUAUAAUAAAGUUACCAUACAAAAUAUGGUUUGAUGUGUCAAUAAGCCAAUAAAUGAACACCGUUAGUGGUUUGCUGACCCGCCACGUCAUUUUUACCUGCCAUGUCAGAUUCGCCAAACCCAACAAAACCCAACCCAUGCCUCGUUCCUCUUUAUUGACCCGCCCGAGAUAAAACUCCAUUGGCCCACAUGAAACCCCCAUCCUGACCCACUCUCCUUGGUCCCUUCUUCUCCGCCACCAUCGACCUCUAAUCUAGGGAUGACAAUGGGUAGGGUCGGGGUGGAUAGUGCAUAUCCGUUACCCUACCCAAUGUUUGUUCGGGUUUUUACCCAUAUCCAUAUCUACAUAAUAAAUGGGUAAAAAAUCAAAACCAUAGCCAUGCCCGUUCGGAUUUUCUGGUAUCAUAGUUAUUCAUGGGUAAUAACUUCUCUUUACAACUCCAACCAAUAUGUUAACCCUAACCCGACACAACAAGAUCAUCUUGGCCCUUCUCCACCUCUCUCAUCCUUCUCCUUUGCCUCCUCUGCCUUAUGUUUCUCCAUUGUCUUCCGCAUUUGUCUCUGCCUCUCUUCCUCCAUGGCUCUGCUUCCUCCAUCUCCCUCCCUCAUCUUCACUCCUCCCGACCACCAUACAAGUCGCCACCCCCACUGCCAACCUCCCUCAUCUAUUGCAGUCACUGAAGGCGGAGGAGGAAUUUUCGGUAUUGACGCAACGGAUUGAGGAGGAAUCGUCGGGCCCCGAAAAUUGAGAGAGUGAGUUGAAGGGGGAGAAUAGACAGACGAGGGAAAGAGGCAAGAAAGGAGGGAGGAGCUCGAUGAUGAAAUUGUGUGUGUGUGUGUGUGGGGGGGGGGGGAGUGGCAGUGGCGGAGGCAGAAUCUGAAAGUACUUGUGUCCUCUUUCUAUAAUAUAAAAUAAACAAAUAAAUAUUUAAUAAAUAUAAUUAAAACUA